AUGAGUCAGUAUGCAACAGCAGCAACUGCUUCUGGCAACAAUAUGAAUCUUCCAAUUGAAAAACAAAUUGAAUUUGCAAGAAAUGAAGCCAGGACUCUUUAUAAUGAAAUAAUCACCAUCAAAAAAAGAACUCAAGACACUACACUAGGUGCUUUAUCAAGAAACGUGACCCAUAUUCCUAGAAACUCAUGUAAUUUGAAACUAUACAAUACAUUGAAGGGUCAUCAAAACAAAAUUGCAAAACUUACUUGGAGUGCAGAUUCUAGUAAGAUUUUAUCGGCGGCACAGGAUGGAUAUAUGAUAAUUUGGGAUGCAAUUACUGGAUAUAAGAAACAUGCUAUUGAAUUAGAUAAUAUGUGGGUUUUAACAUGUAGUUUUUCCCCCAAUGAAAAGCUUGCCGCUUCUGCUGGAUUGGAUAAUGUUUGUACCAUUUAUAAAAUCAAACUGGAUACUGAAAAUCCAAUCUCAGCCCAGAGGGGUAGUAGUAUUCCAUUAACGACAUCUUUUUAUCAAUCGGUGGAAUCCAUGUUUCGUGGUCAUACUGCUUAUAUUUCCCAAUGUGAAUUCAUUGAUAAUAAGUCUAUAAUUACAGGAAGUGGUGAUAUGACAUGUGCACUUUGGGAUAUAAGCAAAGGUAAAAAACUGAGAGAUUUUAUUGAUCAUGUUGGUGAUGUUUUAACAUUGACUACUUUCCCACAAAAUUUAUUUAGUAAUAAUUUAUUUGUAUCUGGAUCUUCUGAUGGAUAUGCAAAAGUAUGGGAUUUAAGAUCUCCUACCCCGGCUCAAAACUUUUUUGUUUCACAUAGUGAUGUUAAUUGUUUAAAAGUUUUCCCGGAUGGGAAUGCGUUUGCAUCUGGGUCUGAUGACGGAUUAAUCAGAUUAUUUGAUUUACGUUCAGAUUGUGAAUUAUCAAAUUAUUCACUUGCUUCUGAAUUACAUAAUCGUGGGUUGGAAAGUUUCCCACAAAUGGCGGUACCAGCAACUCCAGGUGAAAGACGUGGUAGUGGAGGACGUAGAGGGGGGAUGUUCAGUGGUCAGCAGAUGUUUGGGAAUGGAAAUGAUGCAAUGACAGAUCAAUAUAGUACUAUGGCAAGUUUGAAUUCAACUUCUGAAGCUGAAAAGUUGGGGCUUUUCUCAUUAGAUUUUGGAAAGAGUGGUAGAUUUAUAUAUUCAUGUUAUUCUGCUUAUGGAUGUAUUGUUUGGGAUACUUUGAAGAAUGAAGUUGUUGGAACUGUUGGAACUGAACAUGCAGACAAAAUAACUCAAGUUGCAAUUAGUCCUGAUGGUAGUGCUUUGGCUACAGGUUCUUGGGACACAACAAUAAAGGUGUGGUCUGUUUAA